GAACUUCCAUCCCACAGUUGGUCACUGCUUGGUGGAGGGAGGGUCGAUUACCUCAGGCUUGUUCGUUCGUCCCUCACUGAUUGCCUGCAUCGUACCUCACUUUCUUCAACGAGGUCUCAUCAACACCCCUCCAUUUACCUUUACAGACGUUUCCCCUUCACGAUGGCGGCGCAAGUAAGUCAGAAGAAGCAGCAAGACCUGCAAACGCAGUAUGGCGUCUACAAGAACACCCUCCAACAGAUUGCGCAAAAGAUUGGCGAUGUAGAACAAGAAGCUGAAGAACACAAGCUUGUCCUAGAGACCCUGCAACCGCUGUCCGAGGACCGGAAGUGCUUCCGCCUCAUCAACGGGGUCCUCAUGGAGCAGACGGUCAAGGACGUCAUGCCCGCCCUGACGACCAACUCGGAAGGUCUGAAGAAAGUCCUGGAAGAUCUUGUCAAGCAGUACAAGGCUAAGCAGGAUGAGCUGGAGAAGUGGAAGAAGAAGAACAACGUUCAGGUUGUCCAGAACUGAGACUAUCUAGGAACAACUAGGUUUGGGUCACGAAAAGGUUCAGUCCGGCGGCGUUGGCUUCGAGAGUCUUUUUGCAGCACAAGGACCCUUGGAUUGGGUGAGAGAAGAUGACUUUCGCUCAGUUUUUUUCGACCACGAGUUCUAGCUGCGGCCAACACAGAAUGGCACAGGGACAGCAAAGCCGUCAUGCAAAUAUUAAAGGCGUCAAAAAUGAGGCGGCAUCGAAUAU